AUGGCAAGCAAUCGGACUGACACCAAGCCUAGUCCGGCCAUCUUGUGACUAAACUGCUCUUCUCUAACGCGAAAACACCCCCGAAUUUCACUCGAAUCCGCUGUUUUACGCGAAAACCCCUCAAAACAAUUGCAGUUGCUGAUAACAGUGCGUACUACUAACUAGAUCACGUGUAUUUACUAUACAACUCUCAUUUAAAUCGUCGACGCAAGUUUUAAUUGUUUUUGUGUGGAAUUUUUGUGAGUGUGGUGCUUUUCGAUACCUACGACUUGGAUAACCGCUCCACAUCUUUCUUGGUGUUUAUUAGUGAUAUUUGGUACCUCGAAUAGUGGAUUUUUCAAAAGUUUCAAAUGCCUCAAAUUAUUAGUAAAAGGAACAAUAUCCCCACAAGAUUUUCGAGCGUAAAAGCAUCGAGGAUAUAAUGCAGCAACAUGGGCUGAACUUGAUCAAAUGGUUUGAACGGACAGUACUAGAUUAAAUAAAGUAUUGCGGGGUGGAAAUGGAUAAAGAAAAUGGAAAGAACAGCGAAAGUAAUUCUGGUUCCAAUAAGGUGUCAAACUCACAAGAUCCCGCAUCAUUGCUCGAUGCUGCCAGUCUCUUUGGGGCCUACUGGCCUAGAGAUGCGAACUCGGCGAACGCUGCCGCAGCGGCGGCGAGUCUGUUUGCCGCCGGCGGUGGCGGCUCCGGGUUCGGCAUGGUGCCGCACCCCUCCCUCCCUUUCGGCAUGCUGCCGUCGGCGGCAUCUUCCGGGGGCGGUCGAGGAGGCGGCGGAGGGUACCCGGCGUCGACGAGCGCCGCCGCUGCCGCCUACAACAACGCCUACACCAACACGCUGUCGGUGGCGGCCAGCCAGGCCGCCAGUCUAGGAAUACCAGCAGCCAGUGCAGCAUGGUGGUCGAUGGCUUCACACUUGGCAGCCCAAGACUACUUGGCCAGGCUGCAGGCGUCAGGUUUAAAUUUUCCCUCCUUGGGCAACCCAAGUGAUCUCCAAUACGCAUCUUUAGGGUUGCCUUCGCUCUCCCACAUGAAAUCAUCAUCGAAAAACUCGAAAAGUUCCACAUACAGAUCGAGCCACUCCAAAGACAAACACUCAUCAUCAUCAUCAUCAAUGUCCAAGCUGGACGGUAGAAUAGAACAAUCACUGAAAUCGUCGAUGCACAACAGCAAAUCGAGCGGUUCUUCGAAAUACUCUUCCAAUUCUGGUCUGACAAUACAGCCGAGCAUGAAGUUACCAGGCAGCAAUGGUGACAGGAGCAAGUCAUCGAAGAGAGAUGACAUGGGCUAUUUAAAGCACAUGGACAAGCCAAAAGUUUCCAGUGCUUCCACGGGCGUGAAAGUUUCGUCUCAGCCAGCGCCCAGCAUCUUCACCAGCCCUCUAACUUUGGCCAGUAACCCCGAGAAGGCCAGUGCAAAUAAUACUUCUCAGAAUUCUGUAAAUAGUCCUAGUGCUGCCAGUUUAUCUACUAGUAUUUUAAGCGAUCCAAAUUCUAUAUUGGGUGGUGUACGGUUACCCCCGGAUACCGAAAUAAUUAAGUACACUUCUUCUAUUGUGGGUCCCAAAAUUCCCGGCACAACGAAUAGAGGAAGGAAGAAGACCAUCUCACUGGAUCCACCACUGGACCAGGAUGGACUCACUCCACCUUCCACACCGUCCGUGGACCGGGUGGAGGUGAUCAAGCUUCCCGCCACAAACGGAAGUCCUUCCGGCGUGUUCAACAGCUCGGGGGGCUCAGAAACGGCCGGAGAUUAUCCGUUGAAUCUGUCGCUGAAACCUACCGGUAUUGCCGGAAGCGGAAGCUCCUCUCUCAAUUCGCUCAGCAAUAUGUCGGCCAACAUCGGUGUCGACAGAAUAUCUCGUCGUAAGCCGGGUCCGAAGCCUCGUCGGUGCGUGCCGACGGGCGGUCAGCAUCCGCCCGGCGCCCCGAGCGCCUCGUUGGCGCAGCUGUUCGCCCAGGCGGACUCUCCGCGCCCGCCCAGCCGAAACGAAGGUUCCGACGGCGGCAGUUCCACAUCUUCCACGUGCGCGGCAACUUCCAUAAACUCCGGCACCAUGUCGAACUCGCACAACUCCCACAAGGAGGGCAGGCCGAGGAAUCUGGGCAGGGGGGUCAGCAAGCCCAAGAAGAACACCGUGGCUUCGUUGUUGGCGCAAAGUAGAGCCCUAGGUAUUAAGCCUGUCCCGAUGUUGGACCCAAACGCAUCGAUGAACCAGCAAAUGAACAUGCUAAAAUCGAACAUCCUGGCCGCUCAGCAGUACAUUUCUGAGGCAGGUGGCGACGAAAAGGCGCUAAAUAAAUUUUUGCAGGAAAAAUUGCGCGGUACUUUAAGCGAUUCCAGUACGGUAGACGCGUCCACCGAUUCCGAUAACUUAACUGAUUCUAACCAUACUGAUUCAGAGAUGGAAGCGGAAGUCGCUGCCAAAAAGCAGAAACAGUACGACGAGCGACUCCUGCGGAUACCGUUGGAACUAGGUUGGAAGCGCGAAACGAUAAUUCGCGGCAUAACAAAAAACGGCGGCAUUAAGGGCGACGUUACUUACGCCGCGCCGGACUCUGCGAACAAGUUCAAGCAAAUGUCGGACGUGACGCAGUACCUGGAGUACCAGAAGAACAUGGACCUGACCAGGGACAACUUCACGUUCAGCUGUCGCGUGGUGCUCGGCGACUAUUGGCAGCCGGUGCCGCCGGAAAUGUCGGCCGACGGCAGCGAGUUCAUCCGGUUGACCGAGGAUGAUGUCACCAGAAGGUUGGAAGAGCUUAAGAUGGCAAUGAGAACAAGCCUGCCGGUAGAACAAAGAAUAGAAAUGGCCAGGAGGCAACAAGCGGCCAGAGCUGCGGCCAGAUUGGAUCGCGAACAGGCCCGUCUGGCCAAGGAAAUCGAAAGGACUGAAAGACAAGAAGCUGCCAGAAGAGACAGGGAAGCCAGAUCUCAGCAAAUGUUAGAGGCUAAACGAAAGCGCCAGGAAGAGUUAGAAAGACAUAGACUCGAAGAACAACAAAGAAAACAACAGGAGAGAGAACUAAAAAGACAACAGGCUGCUAUUUUAAAAGAACAAAUGUACAUACAGGAGAUCAGUAAACAACGAGAAAUGCUCUACACUGUUGAGUUGGAACGCGAAAGGCGUCGCCAGCACAUGGCCCUGGUAAAGGCCUUGGAAAACCGCAGAAAACUCGAGGAAAGAGAGCGCAAGAAGCAACAACUAUUAGCCGAAAAGCAAGCGAACAAAGAGAAGAAAAAAGAACAAAGAAAGAUCGAAUUGGAAAUUUUGGCUGAAAUUCGCAAGCCAUGCGAAGACCUCGAAUUAGAUCAGAAACCGCUGCCCGAAAUCGAUCGCAUUCCCAACAUGAAAUUGCCUGGUAAAGCCUUCGGCGACAUCCUGAUGGUCUUCGAGUUUUUGCACAACUUCGGCGAAACUCUGGGCUUUGACAUGGAAUCUCUGCCCACUAUGGAUUCGUUGCAGAACGCCUUGCUUCCCAACGAUAACACCAUGGAGGCCGAGGAAGAGUUGUUUUCGGUGAUGACGCAUCUGUUGGUGUGCGCAAUCGAAGACCCUGGCAUCCCCAACCCGGCCAGGCACACCACCAUUUUGGGCCAGAGCUUGCGUCAAGCGGACAUUACCCAUCAAAAUUUGGCGGAAGUUUUGCGAAUCUAUCUGUACGCCAACGCCACCGGCGAGGUCAAAGCUUUGACGGGCGUGCACUUCGAGAGAGACCGCGAAAAGAGAGUGGCGGAUCACCACCAGAACGACAACGAAAUGCAGCAGACCCAGGUGGGAAAGAACUCGCAAUAUUACGAGUUGCUGCACGAAAACCCGACGUACAAAAUGUCCGACAUGCUCAAAGAUAAACCGUUCAUGGCUUUGUGCGCCACCGAUAAGGCUGCCAUUUUGGCUUUCAUAUGCAACGAGCUUUUGCAAAAUAAGGCUGUGAUCAGGCAGAUUGAAGGCUCUCUUGAGACGGUCGCGCAGCAUAGAAAAGACAAGUGGCUCUUGGACACCAAAGUCAGAAAGUUAAGAAUGCUACAUAGCCGCAAGGUUCGAACUGAGGCAAUGGAAAAAGCGGCAGUUAAAGCUGACGGCGAAGAAGGGGCAGUUGAUUCUCCAUCCAUACACCAUAAGGAUGAUUUGCUGGACGAAGAAGAAAACGAAAUGAGCGAAAGUGAAAGUGUUGGCACACAACCUGAAGAGGAGGAGGACAUUAAAUUAAACGGCGAAGAACUGGGUAAGAAGCUGGAAAAACUGGUGAAAACGUCCGAGAUGCAGCUCCAGGCCUUGAACACGGCGAGUCAUCAGCUGCGCGCCACGUGCUUCGGUCAAGAUCGCUAUUGGCGUCGCUAUUGGUCGAUGCCCAAGGCAGGCGGGAUCUUCGUCGAGGCGAUGGAAUCGGCCGAUCCGGACGAGCUCGAGAAUCAAAUUAGGUCUGACGAGGUUGCCUCUAAUGGCGCCGUUAAAAGUUUGAAUGACGUGAAUGAUAUCGUUGACAGCCAAGAGAAGGUGUGCGACGCCGAUAACGAUCGCGAAGUUAGCGACAUUGUGGCCGCUAGCGAGGCGAACGGCGAGACUACGCAGGUGAAGAUGGAGACGGACGCCAACGACAACGAGCACAGGAAGACUCCGAACAGGUUAGCCGAGUUCGGUAACGGAGAAAACGUGGUGGACAACGGCGAGAAAAACUUGGCGGAGCUGCAGAAGAGCGUUGACGACAUAGUACAAAACUUGGAGAAGACCAUUGACCUGGAGAAGCAGGCGGUAUUGGAGGCCAAAGUGAAGGAAGAAUCUCAACUGGACGCAAAUCCAACGAAUCUCACCAAUCACGUGGUAAAAGAAGAGGAGCAAAACGAUAAGAUGGAAGUCGAAACCGUGAAAACCGAACCGGAAACGGAAGACACCUUCGCCAAUAAGAAGUUCAACUUGUUUGAAAGAUUGGGGCAGUGCAUGGAGCGCGAGAACAAAACCGAAGAGGAUCUCAAGCAGGAUGUCAAGGCGGAGGUCAAAGAAGAACUCAAGAACGAGAUUCUUAACGAACUUAAAUCGGAGAUUAAGGCAGAAAUUAAAGCCGAAGUUAAAGCUGAAUCGGAGGAAGAGAAACCUGAAAACGAAAAUAAGUGGUUUAGCAUCAUACACAAAGAUGGAUCUACGUGUGAUGGUAUACAACUUACAGCAGGAAAUAAGUGGGAGAAUGGCGGCGUUGGUGCCUGCACAAGAGACAUAACAGAACUAAAAAUACCAGUCUUCCCUCCUCCAGGUUCCAACUCGUCCGCCUACAACCACAACUGCGACAGUCCCGCCCCCUUGCAGAUAACUCCCGAAGAAAACGUCCAGCUGGAGCUCAUCAAGAAGAACGGCAUGCCGGCCGCGUGUCCCAAAAGGUCCGUCCCGAUCGACAAGAGGUACGGUUGGUGGAGGAUUCUGGAAACCUCCCAGCUGAAGGAGGUUUUGGACAACUUGCACGUGAGAGGCGUCCGCGAGCGAGAAAUGAAGCGCGGCUUCAUCACGAUCAUGCAAGCGAUGUACGAGGGCCAAGGAAAAAUACAAAUCGAGGAGGGCAACAAGGAGCUGUGCGAGUUUUCGGGCGAGAACUUGGACGAAAUCGAGUACGUCGAGGGUAACGCGCCGAAACCCGACGUUCGUCUCGCUUGGAGCACUGCGGUGGCUCACAGAGUGGACUUGUUCUUGCUCGAACAAGUCGAGGCUCUCGAGGAUAAAGUUGCCAACGCGAGCAUGCAGGUUAAAGGCUGGAAAAUACCGACAAGGGACGAGCAAGACGUCGCUUUUGGCGAAGUAGUGGGCAUCGUUAAGGAGAGGUUGUCCUCUUUGGAAGUCAACAUCGAACGGCGUUACCUAAAACCUCCGCUUGGAGUCAACACCGGCGAUCCUAACCUGGCGGCGAUCGCGCACGAGGCCAGCAGCGGCUGCUCGGGCACGUCGACUAGCGCCAACAGCCACCCGACGGCGCCCCUCAACCCGGACGACGUCCCCAAAGGCUUGGCGGUGUGGCGCGAGGCCGUGCACCGUUGCCAGACGUCUGCGCAGCUCGCCAUGUGCCUCUACUCGCUCGAGUCGUCCAUCGCAUGGGACAAGAGCAUUAUGAAAGCUGUGAGCUUCACUAAUGUCUUUAAUAAACAGAAAGCCCGCAAAUAUAACAGCAAGCUCAGUAACUGCCAAUUUUGCCAUAGCGGUGAUAACGAAGACAAACUACUACUUUGUGAUAGUUGUGAUAGGGGAUAUCACACUUACUGUUUUAAACCUAAGAUGGACAACAUUCCUGAAGGGGAUUGGUAUUGUUAUGAGUGCGUAAACAAAGCGACAGGCGACAAGAACUGCAUAGUUUGCGGAAAAAAAGUAUCGCAAUCCGGUACGAAGUUGAUAGUGUGCGAGCUAUGUCCGCGCGCCUAUCACACCGACUGCAUUCAGCCGGCGAUGGGCAAAGCGCCGAGAGGCAAGUGGUAUUGCUCGAAUUGCAUAUCGAAGAAACCACAGAAGAAACCCGUCAAGAAAACUCACAAGAACCACAAUCGGGAGAGCGAGUCCUCCGAAAAUCCACCACCAUCUAGUCCGGCGCCGUCGCAUAGCUCCGUGACGACCAACGAAGACCAAACGACGCCAAAUUGCAGCCAAAACGACAUCUCGAACAGCUUCGCGAGCGUGGGUUCGCCGUGCGCCGCGCAAUCGGCUGCCGCUGCGGCUGCAGCUGCGCAGAAUGCGGCGCUCGCGGCCGCAGCUGCCGCCGCCAAGAAGGAGCGCGCCACGAAGAAGCUGCAGAAGGAGUUGGCGCCGUGCAAGGCCAUCCUCGAGGACCUGGAGUGCCACGACGACGCGUGGCCGUUUUUGCUGCCAGUCAAUACUAAACAGUUUCCUACUUACAAGAAGAUUAUCAAGAUUCCUAUGGAUUUGUCGACGAUUAAAAAGCGAAUACAGGACUUGACAUAUAAAUCCAAAGAGGAAUUCUGCGCAGACGUGAGGCAGAUUUUUAACAAUUGCGAGACGUUCAAUGAAGACGACAGCCCGGUGGGCAAAGCAGGUCACUGUAUGCGCCAAUUUUUCGAAGCCCGGUGGAACGAACUGUGCUUGAACCACAGUUGAGGUUUGCUUUAUCCCAAAAGACCUUAGAAACGGCGCAACAAGUAUCCGGAAACCAGUGUCUGAGUUGUAUGUGGAGUUGGCAAUGCAAUCACUGGUUAUGGUGGUGUCGUAGACAACCAAAUAGGAAAAUUUGUAUUUUAAACCGUCCUAAUCAUUGAUUGCAUUGCUCAGGUGUUUAUCUGAUAAAGACUGAUAACAAAAAGUGCACCCACAAAGUGUUAAUUUUAAAUGGUGUUGUGAAAUGGCAGCCGAACUCUGUUAAAUUUUAUAGACUGAUUAUAGCACUAAAUAAUUAUAAAUUGUUGAACGAUUACAGGUAUUUUUCCCAGUGCGUGAUAUACUGACAUUAAUAAUGUAUACUUCAGCUUUUUUAUUAUGUUAUUAGAGAAAUAUGAGGAUUUACAGUAAUAAAGCGAAUUUUUAUAUUAAAUGCUAUUUAAAGGCUUGACGCUUCCUAUUAUUUUACAAAGUGAUAGGCAAUUUCAUGAUUGCUUUUGUGAGUUUCUAUUUUUUUGGUUUUAUGUAACUCAUCUUUUUAAGGUUAUUCAUUAUUUUAAUAAAUAUGUUGAAACCGCAUAUUUCAUUAAAUUUUAAAUUAUUUGUUUUAAUGAAUUUUUGUACGGUGUAAUAUUUUUGUCUAUAUGUAUAAAAAUAAGUGAUAAUUUAACAUGAUUACUUACAAAAAAUAAAUAAAUCUAGUUACAUCACUUAAUUAACUUAAAAAGUCUUUUUUACAAAAAUUCUUCAUUUGUAUUAAAGUUUGUAUUUUUGAUAAUAUGUAUUUUUAUAUAUUAUUUAAACUAUUUAUUUAGGUAAGGUAAGCUUGUGUUGAUAAAAUUGCUUUGUCUUUGUCUUUAUUUAUUCACAGAAAUUGAAUUUUGUGUGUCAUUCUAAAAUUAAUUUAUUUUGUUGCAUUUAACCGGUAAAUUUGUAAAAAAUGUAAAAAAAAAUAUUCACAUCGCUCAACCUAAAUUUUAACGAAAUUCUUGUCUCUAGGCUACAAAAAGAUGUUUUUAUGUAAGCUGAACAUAGAUUCUGACAACUAAAAAUGUAUUAAAAAUAAUGAAUGUGUUUCAGUAGACUAGUUCGUUGCAAUAUCUUGCAAUUUAGAACUAGAUUAUGUGUAAGAUAUUUAUAAUAAUUAUAUUUACUUAUAAAUGUCAA